CCCAUUGGAAACCCAAAAAACAAGAAAAAAAAAAAACUAAGUGUUAUGGCACGAAAUGGUUGUGGAGGAGGUUUAAGAGAAACACCAAUAGCAGCUGUGAAGAGCAGAAAUGGGCUGAAGAAAGGGCCGUGGACAUCGAACGAGGACUCGACCUUAAUCGAAUACGUUAAGAAUCACGGCGAGGGGAAUUGGAAUGCUGUCCAGAGGAAUUCGGGGCUUUCGAGAUGCGGGAAGAGCUGUCGGCUCCGAUGGGCUAAUCAUUUGAGGCCUAAUCUUAAGAAAGGUGCUUUCUCUGCCGAUGAAGAGAAACUCAUCGUCGAACUUCAUGCCAAGUAUGGCAACAAAUGGGCUCGCAUGGCUUCUCAGAUACCUGGAAGAACAGACAACGAAAUCAAGAACUAUUGGAACACAAGACUGAAGCGGCGCCAACGUGCAGGAUUACCAAUUUACCCUCACGAAAAUCAACACAAGCAGCAACUCAACUCUUCACCACCACCACCACCACUAUCUUCAUACUUAGUCUCAGCCCAUCUCCCAAACCCGAACCCAAGCCCGAACCCGAUCCCAAACCCGAACCCGAACCCGAACCCGAACCCAAAUCCGUUAAGUUUCUACGAAAUGUUCACCUCCCCACAAAACCAGGCUAACUACAACACUCCAUACAUCAACAACCAAAUGAAGCUCUACAACGACAACAAUAACGGCAGCAUAUCCCUAUCUUUAUCGGCCUCGAAUUCUUCGUUUUCUUCGCCAACUCUUUCCGCCGCCCCGUUUUUCAACCACACGCCUUUGCCAAAGCCCUCGUUUAAUCUUCAAUUUAAUAAUUCUUUAAACUACGGUAUUAAUUCGGGCCCUGACAUGGGUGUAUUCGGGCUGCCUUCAAUCCAAUCUCCAGUGGCUUCUUCAAGCGACUUUGUUAUGACGACUACGACGCCAGGUUCGAGUGACUGUGCCGAGGAUUAUUACGAGGUUGAAACGGGCUUCGAACGGUGUAAUAAAAAGAGUGGUUUGUUGGAGGAUUUAUUGGGUGAAUCUCAAGCUUUGGCUGGAAAAACAGAGGAUUCUUUCAUUGCAGAAGAUGGAAAUUUGCAUGCUAAUGCAGAUGCCUUUGGUUUUGAUGAAGGGGCGGAAAAUAAGGCCUCCGGAGAAGGCGGAUCUUCUAUGGACGAUGAUUUAUUGAACCUUCUAGAUAAUUUCCCAUUAUCCGUGCCGAUUCCAAAUUGGGACGAAGAAAUUGGCAAUGAAUCGCCAUGUUUGACCGAUGGUUCAAACGGGGCGGUAGAAAGUCAACUUGUUGCUCCGCAGUACAACCCGGUUGCAAACUCGAAUGGCGCAGCGAAUCAAGAUUGGAACUUUGGAGGAUCCUUCAUGUGGAACAACAUGCCUAGUAUUUACUAAAGUUGGUACUAUAUAUGCAAUAUAUUGGAGAUUUUCAAAUUUAGGUGGACAGAGAUUUGAAAGAUUUGUCUUUUAAAUUUUGUCUAUUUUAAGUUGGAUUUGUAGGAUUUGUUAGUCUUAGAUUGUUUGUGUUAGUUCAUGAAAGACUUUCCCCAUUAAGGCAUUAUGUUGUAUUAUUAGAAUGUUGUAUUAUUCCAACCAAGUAGCAUGUUUGUUCAUUUGGUUUGUGAAUGUGUUUGAAACUCUCUUUUGGAAGUUUUGUGUUGAUCAUAAUUUGUGUUAUUUGAUCAA